AGGGCAUCCAUUCCCUACACUAAGCAGUUAAACGACCGAUUCACGAGGCUGAGGGCGACCCUGACAAAACGAUCCUUCUGUAGCUUCACUCCCGAGAUGGCGUCACAGCCAGCUGCAAAUACUUGAAAUUUAGUUAUUUGCAGACUCAUUUCAAUUAAGUAGACCGAGACCAAUCAACAUGGGCAGACUGGGGCCGUUGACAUCGCAGGGACUUGGUCGGUCGCCAUAUGACGACGUAGUACAAGGGGAAGGCCCAGAGGAUCCGCGCGGCCCCCAGCAGCUCUACGAUGAGCGCGGCCGCCCCAUCAACCCGGAGACCAAGCGCAUCAACAGGGACAUCAUUCGGUCUCACAACGAGGUGAUGAUGGUCAUUGGCGUCGCUGAGCCUGAUCACGGCAUUGCCGAGUUUGAGGCUGGGCGACGGCAUCACCAGUACGAGGACCGGAUCGGGCGAAGGCUUCUUGUGGUCGGGGGCGCCCUUGAGACAGCGGCCAUCUGGGGUGUCAACGGCAUAAGGCAGCGCAUCUUGCUUUACAAACAAUACUCGCAAACAACCUUCUACGGCAUGUUUCAGCUUACCGGGAGCCGACAGUCUCUCGCCUCGUACUUCUUUGGCGGCCUGCCUUCGUUCGUGGCUAGUAAUCUUCUCGAACAGCUCUCCCUUGUGAAAGCCAGGAAAUACCCUAUGAUUCAAUAUGCAACUACGUACCUACGCCUCCACCUGGCUAUUUACACAUUCUUCCAGCGCACCGGAAUCUUGCCCUUCAGCCGUCUCCUUCCCAAUUGGCGCUUCUUUAUCCCGGGAACCAGCGUAUCACCCAUUUUUCUCCCCCCUUUGCCAGCCUCAAUUUGGCCGCGGAACCUUCUACAAUGGGCUGGCGCAUUGGCCCUAAGCAUAGCGCCUUUUGCCGGCUUCUACCUCUAUACGAAGCUGUACAGCCUGGUCACCAGGACGCUGCGACACAAGAUUCACCGACUCCUCCCGCGUCCACACAACGCCAACAAGCGGCGGCAAUUCCGGGACGGUACCCCUCUUCCUCCAGGGCCAGAGUUGAUGCCCACCGAACUUCGGAACGCGGAGCCAGUCGAUCCAGUCCCUCCAACCCCGACAACAACCCGACGACAAAGCAGCCUCUCCAUCCGUGGCGGCAACAACAGCAACAACAACAACAACAACAACAACACCGCCACCACCUCCUCACGGGGUCUCUCCCCAGGACAACAAGACGACUUUGCAAGCGACGACGAAGAAGGCGAGAUGAUCAACGCGACCCUGAUCAGCUUCGACGUCGAAGCCACCGACCCGACUCCGGACCCCGGCCCCACUGCCAACACCGCCGGCGACACAGCCGCCAUCAAUGCCGCCCCCAACGUCUGGGCCGCUGAGCUCCGGCCCAACAUGGGCCCAUCCGCCGGCGACCGACCCUCCCCGCUCGCCCCCGGCGGUCCCCGUGGCCCGGAACCUGUCUACCGCGAGAACGUGCUUACCCGGCUGCCAGCCCUCCUCGCAACCGACGUGCUGGCCAUCACGCCCGCGCGGCUGAUCAUGACGCCGCUCGCGGCCAUGGUCUGGCUCAGCCUGGCGAGGCCGUACAUGGCGAGGCUCGGGAUGCCGCUGGACGGGGUAGUUCAGGAGGGCGCCGGGUGGUGGUGGGGGUUGAGGUCGGGCAGGGGGUUGGUGAACAUGCUUGGGCUGGAGCUGCUUCUGGCGGUGAUGCAUGGCGAGACGUGGGCCCUGUUGAUGCUGGUUGCGGAGGGGUUUCGGUAUAGUGAGGAGGAGUGGAAUGAGCGAGAGGGGUGGGGAAAGGGGGGGGAGGGAGGGGAAGGGGCCCCAGGUGCGUUAGAUUGA